UGUUAUUCCAUAUUAAUGAUAAUAAGAGAGACGUUUUAUAGUCAAAAAUAAGUAAAAUAUACUUCUUGCAUUUUGCAAAUUCGUGAAAAGAAUUAAAAUUCCGUCAAAUUUGUCGCAGCAUUUAACUAGAAUAGCGGUCAAGGUUUUAUGCUUAAGUAACAGGACGCUUAUCGACCUCCGCGCGUGGUUUAUUUCUGGCUUGCAAGUUUGGCUCGUUCAAAAUGUGGGCACUAACAGCACGCCAGAUAUUGUUGUGAAUUCAUAGAUAACGGUACGAGAAUUGCGUGAAUGUUGACAACCGGCUUGUGCGAGUGACGUCUGAGCCAAAUGCAAGACAUACGUAUGAAUGGAAGAAAUCAGAUAAAUCAGAUAAAUAAAUAUUAGUGGACAAUGAAGAACUCGAAUGGCGUGAAGAAUCCCAUAGAUACUGCAGAUUCGAAUGAAAGCGUCACAUUGACAAGGUCAAAGUUGGAGACCUUCGAUGAUAUCUUGCCGUACGUCGGUGACUUUGGUAGAUAUCAAUGGCUGCUUCUAUUGGCCUUGCUUCCCUAUAGCAUAGCAUACGCCACCCUGUACUUCUCGCAGUUUUUUCUUACUCUGGUACCGCAGGAACAUUGGUGCAAGAUAGAGGAAUUAAUAUCUUCAAACCUCACGCAGGAAGAAAGAGUGGAGAUUGGCGUACCAAGGUCGCAGAAUUAUCCGUACUACGACCAAUGCCAUCGAAGGGAUUUGGAUUUCUUCGCUUUUGUAAAUCGUAGGAAAGACAAUCACUCGAUCGAAUGGAAGGCAAACAAAACCGUGGAUUGCAACCAAUGGGAAUACAAUUUCACGCAGAUCCCUUAUGCUAGCAUAGCGACUGAGCUAGAUUGGGUAUGUGACCAAGAGUACCUCAUAUCGAUGGCACAGUCGAUCUUCUUCUGCGGUUCCAUCGUCGGUGGCUUGCUCUUCGGAUGGGUCGCCGAUCACAGAGGCCGGAUCCCUGCUUUAAUGCUCUGCAAUGGCAUCGGACUCCUGGCUUCGAUCGCAACUGCGAGUGCGAAUACUUUCUGGUCCUUCGCUGUCUGUAGAUUUUUCACUGGUCUGGCUUUCGACAAUUGCAUCAACAUUCCACUGAUUAUCGUGCUCGAGUACAUGGCCGUGAAGAGACGAACCCUUGUCGUUAAUGUUGCAUUCGGCAUAUACUUCGCUGCUGGAAGCACAAUUCUGCCAUGGAUUGCGUACUAUGUCGCAAACUGGAAAUUCUUCGCCUAUGUUAGCGCAAUCCCGAUGAUGAGUGUCUUUAUUACACCAUGGAUUCUUCCUGAAAGCGCUCGAUGGUUCGUCGCCAACGGCAGAAUAGAUAAAAUGCUGCAGAAGUUGCAGCGGAUAGCGAAGAUCAACAAGAAAUGCCCUGACACGCGCAUCUUCGAGAUCUUCGUCAGAAAUUUGACCGCAACUGAUACUCAGAGAGAAAGUGCGACCAUCUUUGAUAUUCUGAAGUCACCGCGUUUAGCAAAAAAUACUAUUCUACUAAUCUUCUUUUGGUCCUUGACGGUGAUAGCUUUCGACGGCCACGUAUACUCCCUCAAGCUGCUCCCGAGUUCGGUGUUUGUGUCCUUCUCCCUCGCCUGUUCGACCGAGCUGCCGGCCGGGCUGUUGCUGACGUUGCUAUUGGACCGCUGGGGUCGCCGAUUCUGCGGAUUUAUCACCCUGGCCAUGACUUGCCUUUUCAGCUUCGCCGAACUGCUAUUACACUCGAUCGCAGGGAAGCUGACGAUGUCGGUGCUCUCGCGAUUUUGCCUGAAUAUGGCAGCCAAUGUGGGCCUUCAGUACGCCGCCGAGCUGUUGCCGACUCCUAUUAGGACGCAAGGUGUUGCAUUGAUCCACAUUUUUGGCAUUAUUGCCCAUUCCAUUGCGCCAUAUGUGGUGGAUAGUGCCAAGAUUUGGUACUGGCUGCCGAUGAUGAUCAUCAGCAUCGUGUCAUUUGCAGCCGCUGCCCUAAUACUAUUCCUACCGGAAACGCUUGGUCGCGAUCUCCCGCAGACUCUACGUCAAGGAGAGGACUUCGGAAAGGGACAAAGCUUCUGGACGCUACCCUGCUGCGACAUUACCCGACCGCGUUCGAAUCGACAACGAUAUUAUCAUUCAACCGAAUUAUAGUCUUUUUAAUUUUUAUUACAUAAGACCUCGGCAUAACCGUCGAGAAAAUAUAAUUAAAAGAAAGAAAGAAUCUUGCGCGUUGCGUGGUACGUGAUAAUAUAAGUAAUUAAGAUUUGUACAAUUAAUAAAAUUUAUUAAUAAAAUUAAUAAAAUUCAAAGAUAAA